AUGCCAUGGACUUCGAUUUUUGCUGAUCGACGUAGCCGACAUACAUUUAUUUAUUCGAAAAGUAGUGUAUAUGUAAUUCCCCCAUUGAUCAACAGAUAUGGAAAACGUUUUUCGAUCGCUGAACUAAUUGCAGCUGGUUAUGCUAGUUUUUAUAGUAAUGGCAAGCGACCAAGUGAAAAUUUUGAUAUAAUUACGAUUUAUCAACCAUCUCCUUUGAGUGGCUCGCGAAUACCUAAAAUUAAUCCACGUACAGGUGGAUUUACGGGUGGUAUGCACACAAAUUAUGGCUCGUUUUCGUCGUCUAAAUAUGAAGAGAAAGAGGUCAACAUCGCUCAUAAUUCUGAAUCAGAAGAAGACGAAGAAGAAGAAGAAGAAAAAGAAGAAAAUACUAAACAUUAUUCUUCUAAGGAUUCAUACAAUAGUGAUGAACGACCGCAACCACCAUCACGCUCACGAUCCCGACCUCGAUAUCCACGUCCAUCACGACGUCCAGUCCAUUCGACACGAUCUACAAGUACUAUGACGCGAUCUACAAGAACUACGACACGAUCUACAAGUACUACAACGCGAUCCUCAAGAACUACAAAACGUUCUUCAACAGCUACAACGACGAUAAAUAAUUGUAUUGGCCUACCUGAUAUUAGUAAAAAUUCUCACAAUGAUAAAUUAAAACGUAUUCCAAUUCAAAAGAAAAAACAUCGAUGUGGUAAGAGCAUUAAUUCAGAUGAGUGUCACCAUUGGCAUAGUACAAUAAUCCAACGAGCUCUAAGAAAACAUUCAGUGACACGGAAGACAGCAAAUCUUACGUUAAUUGAUGACUUAUUCGGAUCGUAUUGGGUGGGCUUGGUAACCGUUGGUACUCCCGGCCAACCAUUCUAUGUUCUUAUUGAUACAGGAGCAGCUGAUUUUUGGAUACCAGGCCCAGCAUGUGGAAAUUUAUGUGGAGGUACUCAUGCAUUUGAUGCUGAUGCAUCAUCAACAUAUGUACCAUGGAAUAAAGACUUCUUUUAUUCUUAUCUCAAUGGAGCUUCCAUUAAUGGAACGUUUGCGAAUGAUACAGUUGAUAUGGGUGGUAUAUCUGUUUCCAAUCAAACUUUUGCCAUUAUUAAUACAGCUAUUGGUGUCACAGGAGUGGUUUUCGAUGGAAUAUUGGGGAUGGCUUAUCCAUCAAAUACAGUAAUUGGUGAAAAUCCAGUCGUUUUCUCAAUGUAUCUGGCUGGUAAAUUAAAACUUCCUAUAUUUACCUUUUGGAUUGAACCAAUAUCGACUGGUACUGAUACAGGCGAAUUAAUCUUAGGUGGUUACGAUACAACAAAAUUCGUCGGUUGUGUUACAUAUGUGCCAGUUAAUAUACAACGACACUGGCAAUUUAUUGUCGACAGUAUUAGCUUGUCAGUUGGAUCAAAUACAACUACCAUUGCCACAUCAUUUCGUGCCGCUUUUGAUACUGGCGAUUCAGUAGCCUUUGUAGGUCCUGUAGUUUAUGUGAAUACCAUUUAUGCAAUGUUAGAAGCAGUAUUUGAUCCAACCGUUGGAGUGUACACUGUCGAUUGUCAAACAAAACCAUUAUCAACAUUGCCAAAUAUAUCGUUAACAAUUAGUGGAGUUCCAUUUGUACUGACACCACCAAUGUACAUGUUAACUGUUGGUAAUUCUUCUACCUACACUUGCUAUGUCUUGAUAGAAGCAAUUGAUGUUCCUGAUGUUCCCGAUGUAGAUGUCAAUAUUUGGAUUUUUGGUACUAUCUUUAUGAGACAUUUUUAUACUAUAUUUGAUAUGCACAAGAAUCGUAUUGGAAUAGCUCUUUCAUCAUUAUAUUCAGUUGUUCAGACAGAGCCCAUUACAUUACCUACCAACCAAUAA